GUUUUCGUGUGGUGGUAGCACUGUGGCGACAUAACCUCAAUUUUGUUAGCAGAAUUCAGAAUUACGUAAAAACAAUACCAUGGCGGGUGCUAUUAAGAAAACAACUGGGUUGACGGGGCUUGCGGUAGCGAAGCACCCGCACCACACCCUGGGUGUUUUGUAUGGUAAAAUUCUCAGGACGUUGCAAAAAAUGCCUGAAGAGGCAGCCUAUCGAAAAUACACUGAAGAGAUAAUUUGUGAGAGAGCUGAAGUCCUGAAACGUAAUUCCAGCGUUGAAGGGGUCGAGAAACAGAUUAAGUGUGGUCAAGUUGAGGAGUUGAUAGUGCAAGCUGAAAACGAGUUGAUUUUGGCUAGAAAGAUGUUGACUUGGAAGCCGUGGGAGCCCCUACUUAAAGAAGCGCCGGCGAACCAGUGGGUCUGGCCUCCCGCUAAGCCCCCAAAGACCGGCUAAAGUUAAAUCUGUGAAAAUAGAGUGAUUAGAAAUAAAUCCAGUUGUUUAUU